AUGUUUGUUGAUUACUGGCCUAGAGAGGGUGCGGGGGUGGGGUUCAGAAAGGCGGGGGAGGUGUUGGAGGGUGGGGCAAGGUGUGGGGAGCCCUCAUCCUUCCCCCCUUUCUCCUCCCCGCCAGGCUCUCAUUCCCUGCGCUAUUUCUACACGGGCGUGUCGGAGCCCGGAGCAGGGCUGCCCAGCUUCCUCGCGGUGGGGUACGUGGAUGACGUGGCCUUCAUUCACUAUGACAGCGAGACACAGACAGCCCGGCCGCAGCCUCAGGCCCCCUGGAUGGAGGGGAAGGUGGAGGCCCAGUACUGGGAGAGGGAGACUAGGAACCUGAGGAACGUACAGGCACGGUACAAAGUCAGCCUGCAGACCCUGAUUCAGCGCUACAACAGGAGCGGAGCCCUUCACACUUAUCAGAACACAUAUGGCUGCAACCUCUUGGCUAAUGGCAGCACCUGGGGCAUUGACCAGUUUGCAUUUGAUGGGAACGACUUCAUCAGCUUUGACAAGAACACGCUGACAUGGGUAGCGGCAGACCCCGGGGCCCAGGUCACCAAGCGGAAAUGGGGUGACAGCGACAUCCAGUAUCGGAAGCGAUACCAGGAGCAGACCUGUGUAGAGUGGCUGCGCAAGUACCUGGAGCACGGGAAGGAGACGCUGCAGAGGAGAGAGCGCCCGGCCGUGCGGGUCACCGGCAGAGACGCCCCCGGCGGCCCCACCACCCUCUCCUGCCGGGCCCACGGCUUCUACCCCCGGGACAUCGCCCUGAGUUGGCUGCGAAAGGGGGAGAGCAGCGAGCAGAAGACAUGGCGAGGGGGGGUCCUGCCCAAUGGGGACGGGACCUACCACGCCUGGGCCACGGUGGAGAUCGACCCCCGGGAGAGAGACCUGUACAGCUGCCGUGUGGAGCACGAGAGCCUGGCCCAGCCGCUCGACACUGCGUGGGAGCCCCCGUCCCACUCUGCCCCACUCCCUGUGCUGAUUGGGGCCGUCGCUGGCGCUGCCCUGCUCGCUGGGACAGUUGGGUUUGUUCUCUGGAGGAGGCGGCGCUCAGGGAAAACCGGAGCCAUCAACACUCCAGCUCAGGCCGGCAACCGGGACUCCAGCUCCUCUCUGGAAGCCAGCUACAAAGGAUCCAGAAGGAGUAAGUGCUGGGGGGUCCAGCCCCCCUGGGAUCGGCUGUGGUCACGGAGACCUCUAUGGGGAGACGCCUUCCCCAUGCCCUGCCCCAGGGCGCCCUGCAGUCCCCAGCCGGGG